AUAUAUAUAUAUAUAUAUAUAUAUAUAUAUACAACAUACUUACUACUUAUACGCGCAGUAUUCUCGUAAUUUGAUAGACAAAUUUAACAGAAAACAUUUUAACGUAUCCAAAUUGCGUUGAUUUUCGUGGAAGAAACAUUGUUGUGGAUCGAAAAGUCGAAUAAAAUUUGUAAAUCACUGACAUGUUUUUGUAUUUCAGAGAUAGAUUCAAUAGAUUCAAGAAUAUAUAAUUAUAAUUCAAUCUAUAAUUAUCACAGCUAAUUGGUGGCUUGCAUCAGAUUCCUUUGCUGGGGCUUAUCAAUAGUUUUUCAUGUUCAUCGAGCGAAGGUUCCGGAACAUCCUUGACAAUGGUUUAUUCCUCUUCAGAACCAGGUUACCAUCAUGCCAUUGCUGGGGCAGCCAGCGGAUGCUUGACGAGAUUUAUAUGCCAACCUUUAGAUGUGGUCAAGAUUAGAUUCCAGCUGCAAGUUGAACCUAUAAAAAAACAUUCUUCAAGCAAGUACCAUUCAAUGUUACAAACAUUUCGUCUUAUUGCUAAAGAAGAAAGUUUCUAUGCACUUUGGAAAGGUCAUGUUCCUGCCCAAUUAUUAUCAGUUAUAUAUGGAACCAGUCAGUUUUAUGUGUAUAUCAUUGUUAAUCAACAUCUAGAGAAAUUUGAUUUCUUGAGUGACAAAACAAAAACAGUUCAUUUUCUAAGUGGAGCAUUGGCUGGCUGCUUUGCAACUGUGACUUCUUUUCCAUUGGAUACUGUAAGAACUAGACUAAUUGCACAAUCAUCUCAGAAUAAAGCAUAUAAGGGAACCAUACAUUCAUGCACGACAAUUUACAAGACUGAGUCACCCAAAGGUUUUUUCCGUGGAUUGUUACCUACAUUACUUCAGAUUGCUCCUCAUGCAGGUUUACAAUUUGGAACGUAUGAACUUGUGAAAGACAUCAAAUUUUUACCUGCUAAUAAUGAAGAUUCUCAUCAUCAUAAGAAAGUAGGUAUUAUAAAUAGCCUGGUUGCUGGCUGCCUAGCAGGUCUGGUAGCAAAAACUAUAGUCUAUCCCCUUGAUUUAGCUAGAAAGAGAUUACAAAUUCAAGGAUUUGAGCAUGGUAGGAAGGGAUUUGGAGGAUUUUUCCGUUGCAAUGGUCUGGUCAAUUGUCUUGUGUUAACCACUAAGCAAGAAGGAAUCCGAGGCCUUUUUAAAGGUUUAGGGCCAAGUCAAUUUAAAGCUGCUCUAAUGACUGCCUUGCAUUUUACAUUUUAUGAGCAGGCUUUGAAUCUCAUUCGUGAUAAUCAUGAACAUGAGCAUUAAAAUAUGUCAUACUCGCCAGUAGAGAAUAAGCAAUAUUCUCUAAGCAUGUAAAUAUAUCUAUAUCAUAGUGAUACUAGCCUAUUAUGCUAUUAUUUUAUUCAUAUACUCUGAUCAUUGACAAGAUGUUUCACUAAACAAUUGACAAAUAACGCUUUUUAAAGGUAUACUCAUAAUUUAUGUCUACAUAUAUGAAAAUUGUUUUGUAUUUUUCAUACAUACACAUUCUACCUUUGUAAACUACAGAAUUAUAUGCUAAUUUUUACUCACGUGAAAUUAAAACUGAAAGUAUUAUUUAGCAUAAACUUUUCUACAAAUUUUUUGUAGUUAAUUGUAUAUAUGUAUGCUUGAAGCAUGCAUUUAUGAUCAUAUUACAGUUUUUUGACUUGUAUGAAUAUUAUAAUGAAAUUUUUUAGAGGAAAAUUGUAUGGAAGGCAAAAAUCUUUGGUAGUAUACCUCGUACUUAUAAAAAAUAAAAUAAAAAAAAUAAUAAAACUUACAAACAAUUUUUUUUAACAUUUA